AUGGCUUUUCAUUCCCUCUUGCUUGCUUUCUUAGCUGGCCUGGCAUUGUGCUCCGAAGCUGCACCACUGGAUUCUGCUGACUCCAAGCAUCCUCUUUCUAUAAAAAUCCUGGAUUCAGUCCGAGGAAGUCCAGCUCCAAAUGUUCCAGUUAAGUUAUAUAAAGAAGCUGCAGAUGGAUCUUGGGAACUGUUAAAUUCAAAACAAACCAACGACCACGGAGAGCUCCACGAGCUCACAAGUAAAGAACAAUUUGGCACAGGGACGUACAAGAUUGAGCUCGACACAGCCUCUUACUGGAAGAAACUGGGCUUGAACCCCUUCCACCACAGCGCUGAUGUGGAGUUCACAGCUAAUGAUUCUGGUUACAGACAUUACUCCAUCACUGCUUUCCUCAGUCCCUUCUCUUACUCAACUACAGCAGUAGUUAGUGAGCCAGUGGAAUAG